AUGCAGAUGUACCUAAGACUUGGCUGGUUUCUCAUCUCCACAACGUGGAUCCUGUGUACAUUUGUUGUAGGAGUGUGUGCCUCCUCAGCCUCCUCGGACUCCAAAUUUGGCUGUAAACUGCCCAGCGAGAAGAUAACUGGCUACAUGAGCCGCCCUGGAGAUAUUGUUAUAGGAGGAACUUUUCCAAUUAAUUUGGAGAGGGUCCAUAUUUCCCUCAACUUCACCCGGAAACCCCCUGAACUGACUUGCCAGACGUUCGGAAGUGAGUAUUACAAGAGCAUGAGGGCCCUGGUUUUUGCUGUGGAGGAAGUUAAUGCAGACCCAGACAUUCUUCCCAAUAUUACUUUGGGCUACCAGAUUUUUGACACCUGCAACACGUUACGGAGAGCAUCGCAAGGGACACUCUGGAUCCUGGGUGGAGGGCAAGAAAUUAUUCCAAAUUAUUAUUGUUCCAGAGGGGAGACACUUGCUGGCAUAAUCGGAGAAUGUGGCUCGACCCCUUCUAUUAUAAUGGCCCAAAUUUUGGGACUCUACAGAUACCCACAGCUUCUCCACUAUGUUCAAAAUGUCAACUUUAAGACCAAAGAUGGAAGUAACAUGUUUUUCAAUGAAAAAGGGAACCCUCCAGCUGUUUAUGACAUAGUGAACUGGCGUCUGGGUUCCAAGGGCAGGAUGGAGCAGGUUGUGGUUGGGAGAUAUGAUUUGAACUCCCCAGAUCAGGAGACUAUGAGUGUAGAUAAAAAGGCUGUUACAUGGGCCAAUAAGGAAUCUCAGGUUCCUCUAUCCAAGUGCAGUCCAAGUUGUCGGUCAGGAUUUAGGAAGGUGAUUGUCCCAGGAAAACCCUCUUGCUGCCAUGAAUGUGCCCGGUGUCCUAAUGGACACAUUUCAAGCCAGACAGAUGCUGUGGAAUGUCAUCCAUGUUCCUGGGACACAUGGCCAAAUUUCCAGCAGGACAGAUGCUUACCAAGAACUACAGAGUUCCUUUCCUAUGAAGAACCUUUGGGUUACAGCUUAGCAGGCAUUUCCAUCUUCUCUUCUCUAAUUGCACUUACUAUUCUGGGACUUUUUAUUAAAUAUAAAAGAACACCAAUUGUCAGAGCAAACAAUUAUGCCAUUAGUUGUCUUCUCCUGCUUUCUCUGUUCCUCUGUUUCCUUUGCUCUUUAGCUUUCAUUGGUUACCCACAACCCGAAAUGUGUCUUCUGCGCCAGGUGGCAUUUGGGAUGGUUUUUGCUCUCUGUAUCUCCUGUGUUCUGGCCAAAACCAUCAUUGUUGUUAUUGCCUUUAAAGCAACCAAACCAAACAGCAGGUUAAGAAAGUGGACAGGAGUAAGGGUGUCCUACUGGAUCAUUGGGUUUGGUGUCUUCAUUCAAUCAUUUCUGUGUUUAAUGUGGCUGAUAUGCUCUCCUCCAUUCCCAGAGAUUAACACUGACACCAAACCUGGAGUCAUUAUACUUAACUGCAACGAAGGGUCACCUAUUUCUUUCUGGUGCAUGCUGGGAUAUCUUGGUCUCUUGGCCACCAUCAGUUUCAUUGUUGCUUUCAUGGCUAGAAGACUCCCUGACAGUUUCAAUGAAACCAAAUUUAUCACAUUCAGUAUGUUGGCUUUCCUCAGUGUCUGGGUGUCCUUUAUCCCAGCCUAUCUCAGUGCACAGGGCAUGUAUACUGUGGCAAUGGAGGUCUUUGCCAUCCUGUCUUCCAUCUGGGCUGUGGUGGUCUGUAUCUUUGUGCCAAAAUGUUACAUUGUGUUAUUCCGGCCCAACCUUAACUCCAGAGAACAUCUCAUGGCAAAAGUAAGAAGUAAGAAAUAA